AGUUUCAAGUUGAUCGUUAGUUAGUUGAGAACACAGUGCGUUGUGCGUUUGUGUCGAUAAACAUUUUUUUUUGUCCACACACACCACAAGGCAAAAAACAGAAACAAUUUUCAAUUCUCAACGUAACCAAAGAAAUGUGUACAGGCUUUAUUUGUUGUGCCUGCAAAUAUUGUGAAAUUUGUUCUUGAUUGAACUGUUUUCUGUGCAAAAAAAACACAGUCCAGUGUGGCUUACAAGGAAAAAUACACAAAGAAUAAGUGAAAAGAAGACGAAAAAAAAAUUAUUGUCAUUUAUAGUUUUUGCUACGUUUUUAUUAUUUACAACAAGGAGAGAAAUAUAUAUGAAGCAGAAAAAAACACAGAUCACAUCGAUCCAAACGGAGAAAACACACGGAGACUGAAACAGACACGGACUGAAAUCCAAUGUAAAAGGAAGGAAUAACAAAAUAAACGACAAUUGCACACAAAAUUUAUGGUUUUCAAUUGAAAUAAAAAUAAAUAAUCCAUUUUUUACCACCGCCGCCGCCGUAUCGAUCGGUUGUGUGUACGGGUGUAUGUGCAAGUUGCAGUGUGUUUAUCACAAGUUGAAAGGACAUUUCGCGGUUUUUUUCUUGCUGCGUACUUCACCAAACAAUCAGUGUGUGUUUUCGUGUGUGAGUGUGCUCAUUUUCGUUUUGUGCAAUCGACAUCUGUAAAUGAUAAAUCAGAAUCCAGUCGAAGAAUAUAAAAUAAAUUCAGUGCACCGAGAAAAUUGUGCGGAUAAACGCAAUACACACACAGAGAGAGAGAGAGGGAGAGACGCAGAGAAGGAGCAUUUUUCUAUUAAUUACAUCGAACAUGCGACGUGAUGUGAUGAUCCAGCUAUGAAAUUAUUGAUAGUGAAUGGCAUAGGACCAAUCUUCUCUCUUGCAACAUAUUCAAGUCGUUGUCAUUGAUUCUUCUUUCGGAUUGCUGUAAUUGGCGUCGUAAAUUUGAGCAGCCAAGAAUUUUAUAUUUAUGCGUGUGACAAUCGAAUUCAGUUGGCAAUUAAUUGAUUUUUCGCAAAGUGAUUAAACGACGACCGCAACAAAUUCCAUAUCAAUUGAAAGAGCAGGCGAACGAAAAACACUUGAAAAUAGUUUUGUGUUUUUCCUCUUCUACACGUGUUUGUGUAAUUUUCAGUGAAACGGCCAUUGUGCUUCAGAAAUUGUCGCAAGUUUGCAACUGGUUAUUUUGUGCAAAAGAAAAAGUGCUCUCUCACAAAAGUUUUCGACGAGAUUUUUGUGUCGCCAAUUGAUUUAUUUAUGAGUACUUAAAAGAAAAAGAAGCGAAAAAAAAUUAUUACCUUCGAUACGAACAUUAAUUGUGGUUUUUUUUUUAUAGUUCAGUGUUAAAACUUUAUUUGAGAAAAGAAAAACUCAUGGAUUUUAUAUUGGAUUUUAUUUUUCAUUGAAUGACAUUUCGUAAUACGUUGAACUUCAUCGUACGCACAAUAGAAAGUGGCCGAGACAGAGUGUGCAACAAUUGACGCUGCAUUUCUGAACAGCAGAAAAACAAAAAAACUAAGUGUUUUGCUGAACUCAACAUUGAAAUCAUUGCACAAUAAAAUACAGUGUCGACGCUCAAUAGCUCAAAUGUGUUAAUUGUGAAUAAAAUAAAGUGCAAAAUUAUGUCCGUAUAAUUGUGCUGAAAAAAAAAACAUCACACACACACACACAAGAAAAGAAAAAAAAAUUCAAACGAAAAAAGAGUGAAAAUUUUCGAAGAAAACGAAAACGAAUUUGAAAAUAGCCAACGAGUGAGUCGUGCACGCUCUUGGUGGUUGUGUGUAUCGUCGGCAAAGUAUCAAAGUGAUCGAAGGUUAGUCACACUGAAUGGAAAUAAUAAAUAAAUAAAUACGAGAGAGAGAGAGAGCGAAAAAAACACAGCGAAGAAAACGGAUGAAAAAAAUGGCUUUGUUGAAGAAUUGUUGUAAUGGCUCAUAAACAAACAGCCAUAAAUGUGUUGAACUGUAACGAAGCGACAAAAGGUGAAUUAUGACGCUCACAACUUGCUGGAGUGUCAGCAGUAUGCUUCGUUUAACGCGCCGACGACGACAGUUGUCGUUGUACAUUUGUGCAACCACGCUAUUGUUGAUUUGUAUGGAAAUUAGCACAAUAAAUGCACACGGCCCCGGUCCGGGUACCUAUACCAAUUUCAUUUAUCCACGCCGACGAUCGUCAGCCGAUGGAUUUUCAUCGCAAAUGCAAUCACGUGCGGUUGAUACGCGAGUACCGCUUGAAAUUUUAGAAAAUGAACCACGUGGCACAGUGGUUGGGUAUGUACCGACUAAAAUCGGUUUCACCUAUCGCUUCAAUGAGCCACCGCGUGAAUUUACACUUGAUCCAAAUACGGGAGAAAUUAAAACGAAUGUGCCACUGGAUCGCGAACAACGGGAUCGAUACGAUUUGGUGGUGUUGUCAAGUCAACCAACGUAUCCCAUUGAAGUGCGGAUCAAUGUUUUAGAUGCGAAUGAUAAUUAUCCAGAAUUUCCCGAACCAAGUAUAGCCGUUUCGUUUUCGGAGAAUGCACAGUCCGGAACGAGGCUACUGCUGGAUGCGGCUACGGAUAAAGAUAUCGGAAUGAACAGUGUUACACAUGAUUAUCGCAUUGUUAGUGGAAAUCAUGAUGAUAAAUUCCGAUUGGCCGUGACAACAAAUCCAAGUGGCGAUGUAUCGUACUUGCACUUGGAAACAACAGGAAAAUUAGAUCGUGAAAAUAGAGGUUUUUACUUUUUGAAUAUUUCAGCACGAGACGGUGGUAAACCGCCAAAACUUGGCUAUGUUCAAGUGAAUGUUACAAUUUUGGAUGUAAACGAUUCACCGCCGAUUUUCGAUCACAGUGACUACAUUGUUUCGUUGAACGAAAGUGUUCCACCCGGAACACCGGUGCUUCAUGUUAUGGCAUCCGACAAUGAUUUGGGCGACAAUGCCAAAUUAACGUAUUAUUUAUCUGAAACGGAAACACAAUUCACCGUCGAUCCAGAGACGGGUGUUAUUUCAACGACCGAACACUUGUCGUGUCCGCAUCAACAGACGUGCUCGACGACAGUUAAGCCGGGAGUGAGUUGCCCGAAAAGCUGUGUAUUUACCGUUUUUGCACGCGAUCACGGUUCACCUCGUCAAGAUGGCCGAACUUAUGUCACCGUCAACCUAGUCGAUACCAACGAUCACGAUCCAGUUAUUCGAUUUCAAUACUUUCCAUUGACCGGCACAUUUGCAACGGUCGAUGAAAAUGCAUCGAACGGCAGUGUGGUGGCUGCCAUUUAUGUCGUUGACAUGGACGAAGGUUUAAAUGGUGAUACGAAUAUUAAAAUUAUCAGCGGAAAUGAAAGGCAACACUUUCGUUUGGAAAAUACACCAAGCUUUGAUAUUGUUCGAGUGAAUGGUGUGUUGGAUCGCGAAGAGAUCAGCACGUAUAAUUUGACAAUUAUUGCAACGGACAAAGGUACACCACCACGAACGGCUACCGCUAACUUGAUCAUUCAUGUGAAUGAUGUUAACGAUGCUUAUCCAGUGUUUGAAAAAUCCGAAUAUUCAGCGGUAUUGAGUGAAUUGGCACCGAUUGGAACGUAUGUUGUUAGCAUCGAAGCUACGGACGAAGAUACUGGAGUGAAUGCUCAAAUUUUCUACGAUUUCGUUUCGGGAAAUACACGACAAUGGUUUAAAAUUGAUCCAAUUUCUGGAUUGGUUACAACGAAAGCACCACUGGAUCGUGAGUUGCAGGGAACAGUUGUGUUGAAUGUGUCGGCUCGUGAUGGUGGACCAAAUCCAAAAUGGUCUUAUGCCGAACUGAAAGUGAUUGUUUUAGAUGAAAAUGAUGGUGCGCCGAAAUUCUCACAAAAUCAAAUCAAUGUCACGCUUAACGAAAAUACACCGCCGAAUACAUUGGUAGCAAUGCUCACCGCAACGGAUAAUGAUCAAGGAACAAAUGGCAGUGUGACAUACUCAAUUCAAUCGGGCGUCAAUCAGAAAUAUCCAAAUGUUUUCGCUCUCGACGCAAUGACCGGACAGUUAACAACGAAAUCGAAAUUGGAUCGCGAAAUGAUUGCAUUCUAUGAAAUUCAAAUUGUAGCCCGGGAUCAAGGUAUUCCACCACAAUCGGCCACAGCAACCGUUUCAUUGACCGUAGAAGAUGUGAAUGACAAUCGGCCCGAAUUUUAUCCCAAACAAUAUUUUGUGCCAAUUUCCGAGAACACCGCCACCGACACGCCAAUUGUUAAAGUGAUUGCAAAUGAUCGAGACGCAGGUGAUAAUGCCGUGAUAACAUACAACAUGGAAAGCGGUGGAGAUGGACUAUUUACAAUUGAUUCAUGGACCGGAGAGAUUUCACUGCGUUCAAACUUUCGGUCGUCACAAAAACCAUUGCAUCGUUUGGUGAUCUCCGCAAAGGACCGCGAUAAUAUGCGCUCAGAUGAUGCAAUCGUCGAAAUCAUCAAGGAUGUCAAGAUGGAAGAACUGGAAUUCGACUCAUACACCGGCUAUGAAUUCCAAGUCGCCGAAGACUUUGGGCUUACGAAUGCUAAAAUCGGCCGCGAAAUCGGUCGAACUCAAAUCAUUGGACAGAAUAAAAAUCGAAUUGAGUAUGCCAUCAUUUUUGGUGAUCCAAAUGGAAAUUUUGAAAUUGAUAAACACACUGGAAUCAUUCGAACGGCCAAGUUAAUCGAUCGAGAAUCAAUGUUAUUCUACACAUUGAGCGUGGCAGCCCGUGCUGGAUUGGCAUAUGGAAAAACAACGGUGAAUAUUUCCAUUUUGGAUUUGAAUGAUAGCCCACCAAUGUUUACAAAGGAAUACGAUGAAAUUAAAUUGCCAGAAAAUGGAGCAGUGGGUCAAGAAGUGUAUUUUUCACGAGCACGCGAUAAAGACAUUGGAAUAAAUAGCCGAAUUACGUAUAGUUUGACUUACAACCCAGAGGAUCAAUUCCGUAUUUCCGAAUCAACCGGAGUUUUGUACUUGAAUCGACCGAUUCGAGCCGAACCCGAAACGGUUAUCACAAUUGAAAUCACAGCUAAAGACGGCGGUCAAUCACCACUCUCAUCAAAGUGCACAAUAAACAUUCGAAUCGAAGACACAAAUGAUCAUACUCCAGUUUUUGAUCAUACAUCAUACGAAACAUCUUUACUAGAAUCAACACGGGUCAACACCAGAUUCUUUGCAUUGGCCGCAUCCGAUGCGGAUUUGGGUGCAAAUGGUCGCAUUAGCUAUAAAAUCAUCGAAGGCAACACGGAUAAUAGCUUUGGCAUUUUCCCCGAUGGCUACAUGUAUGUGAAGAAAGCGUUGGACCGUGAAGUGCACGACUAUUAUUCGUUGACAGUGUUGUGCACUGACAGUGGCUUGCCCACGCGUAGCUCUGCCGUACCGGUCAUUAUUCAUGUAAUCGACGAAAACGAUAACGCUCCACAAUUUACCAAUUCAACAUUUACAUUUAGCAUCACCGAAAACGAACCGAUUGAUUCAUUUGUUGGCAAAUUAACGGCCAUUGAUCUUGACAUUGGACGCAAUGCUGAAUUGAUUUAUACAUUGUCAAGCACACAAAACGAUUUCACGGUCGAUCCACGUAAUGGAUUCAUUAAAACGGCACGUGAAUUCGAUCGCGAAGCAUUGGUUCAAUCGACCGGACAGAAUUUCAUUUCGCUCGAGGCAAUGGUCAGCGACAAUGGAAUGAUUCGAUUAAAAGACACCGUAAAAAUUAAGAUUUUCAUUUUGGAUUUGAACGAUAAUGAGCCGAAAUUUUUGCGCACACCAUACAAAGUGCAAAUUCCCGAAGGAUCACAAAUCGGAACGCAAUUGAUUCGAAUUUAUACGGUGGAUAUUGAUGAGGGUUUGAAUGGUGAUGUAUUUUACUAUAUUUCCGAUGGCAAUCAGGAUGGUCGAUUUGCUAUUGAUAGCUCAACCGGCCAGAUUACACUCGCUAAGACAUUGGAUCGUGAAACGGAAUCAUCGUACAAACUUACGGUUGUCGCACAUGAUGCAGCUCUGCGCAAUCGAUUAAGCUCCAACACAACGAUCACAUUGGAAGUUCUGGAUGAAAAUGACAACGAGCCAAUUUUCACUCAAACCGAUACACAAAUUGCCGUCAAUGAAACCACACCCGUCGAAACGGAAUUGAUUCGUUUCCGUGCCACCGACUCAGAUCUUGGAAUCAAUAGCCAAAUUUCAUUUUCAAUAUCGGCGGGUAAUCGUCGUGAUACAUUUCAUAUUGACUCAAUUUCUGGUAAACUGUAUUUGCAUCGGCCACUUGAUUACGAAGAAACUACUUCGUACACAUUGAAUAUAACGGCAACAGAUGGUGGAAAUCCAAGGCUGCAAACGACAAUUCUCUUCACCGUGAUGGUAAUCGAUGAAAAUGACAAUCCGCCGAGUUUCCCAAGCACCGCCAUCGUUCGACAAAUCAAAGAAGGAAUCCCAAUCAAAACACCGAUCGUAACCGUAACGGCCGAAGAUCCAGACUCCAGUGUAAAUGGCAAAGUGAUUUACACGUUGAUCAAUCAAGAGCCAAGCAAUAACAAUCGUCAUUUUGACAUUAACCCAACGACAGGAGUCAUUUUUACUCUGCGUGAAAUCGAUCGUGAAACAAUUGACACAUUCAAAUUAACAAUUGUGGCUACCGAUCAAGCGGUGCCCGAAUCGAAACGAUUGUCAGCGGAAAAAAUCUGCACCGUUAUCGUUGAGGAUAUUAACGACUCCGUACCGAUGUUUGUGUCGAUGAAUGCAGCAAUAUUGCCACAGUAUAAAUUACGUUCGACUCGAAAUGGCGCCAUCAUAAUGAAUGUAUUCGCACGUGAUGCAGACUCCGGCACCAAUGGCCUUGUGACAUAUGAAAUGGUCGGCGGUAAUACCGAUCUAUUCCGGUUGCAUCGUAGCACCGGCGCAAUUACGCUACAAAAAUCACUCGACAAAGAUAAUAUCGAAUUGAAAUAUCAAGUGGCGGUCAAAGCGACCGACGAAGCCGUACAAAGUGAACGCAAAAGCUCCGAUGCCUAUGUAACAUUAAUUACCGUUGGCGAUAGUGCAGCGAAGAAUGGACCGAUUUUCGAAAAUAACGAUAUAUUUGCAAGUGUUUAUGAAAAUGAACCGAUUGGAACGAGCAUUACAACGGUUUUGGCUCGUUUGAACAAUGUUGAUAUUGAAUAUUUUGUGACUAAUGUGACUGGUGAUGGUCGACAAGUCGACCGGCUGUUUGACGUUGACCCGAAAUUGGGCAUUCUAUCAACGGCCGCCGAAUUGGAUCGUGAAGCCGGCGUUGAUGUCUACGAAAUUGAAAUCUAUGCCAUCGCUGUUGAUGGAGCACCCAGGACUUCAAGCACUAAGGUCAAACUGAACGUGCUGGAUAAAAAUGAUAGUCCACCAGUGUUUCGCGAUGAACCGAUCGUAUUUACCGUUUCAGAAGAUUUGAGUCCUGGCCAUUCGGUGGGCACCAUUAAAGCCACCGAUCCCGAUACGAUCGGAUCGUUGAGCUUUGCAUUGAUUGGCGGCGAUGACAAGAAAUUCGAACUCGACAAAAACAGCGGCAUUCUUAAGCUCAUUGACACAUUGGAUCGCGAAACAAAAGAAGUGUACAAAUUGAACGUACGUGUUAGUGAUGACAUUCAAAACACCGAUACUAUUGUCUCAGUUCAGGUAACGGACACAAAUGACAAUCCGCCGGCGUUUGCUGAGCCGGCAUAUUCGUUUGAUAUACCGGAAAAUGCUCCGCGUGGCUAUCAAGUGGGCAUCAUAAAUGCGAUCGACCCAGACGUUGGCAACAAUGCCAUCGUAUCGUAUACGGUAAUCUCCGAUUGGGGAAAUGACGUGUUCUCAUUGAAUCCACAAACCGGAGUGUUCACACUAACAGCUCGUUUGGAUUACGAAGAGGUACAACAUUAUAUUCUUGUCGUACAAGCACAAGACAAUGGCCAUCCCAGUUUAUCAACAACCAUCACCGUUUAUUGCAAUGUACUGGAUUUGAACGAUAAUGCACCAAUUUUCGACCCGAUGAGCUACUCCAACGAAAUCUACGAAAAUAUCGCGAUCGGAAAAGAUGUGGUUACAGUUAGUGCCACGGAUAUUGACUCAGGAAAUAACGGUCGCAUCGAGUACAGCAUUACGGCUGGCGAUGACAAUAAUGAUUUUAGCAUUCUGUCCAAUGGUACGAUUCGAACGCAACACGCACUCGAUCGUGAAACAAUACCCAUGUACAAUUUAGUGGUGACUGCCCGUGAUAGUGCCAAAGAACCGGAGAAAAGGCUCUCGUCAACCGUUCAGGUUACAAUUCAAUUAAAAGACGUAAAUGAUAUGUCGCCAGAGUUUAUAACAUCGAAUGAAACGAGCGUAACGGAGAAUAUUCCGCUCAAUACAGUUGUGAUGGCUAUCAAAGCGGUCGAUAAAGACGAAGGUCGCAAUGGGUAUAUCGAAUAUGCGCUCGCCUCUGAACCAUUUGUACCGUUUACAUUGGGCCCAGUUGAUGGGCUGUUGCGGAUUUCAGGACGACUAGACCGUGAAAUGCGCUCAUCAUAUAAACUGAAGGUGACAGCUCGAGACCGUGGUGAACCAUCACGAUCAACACAAACCGAAAUUACCGUUAAAGUUCUGGACGAAAAUGAUAAUAGCCCGGUAUUUGAUCAGCGACAAUAUAGUGCCGCCAUUGCCGAGAACGCAAGCAUUGGUGCAAUGGUUUUACAGGUUUCAGCGACUGAUAUCGAUGAAGGUGCAAAUGGUCGUGUUCGAUUUUCCGUAACGGCCGGUGAUGACAAUCGCGACUUCAGCAUCAGUGAAGAUUCGGGUAUUGUUCGUGUUGCCAAAAAUUUGAAUUAUGAACGAAAAUCACGUUACGUGCUAACCAUCCGGGCUGAAGAUUGUGCCAGCGAUAUCAGCAAUGUCGAAUCACGAUUCGACACAACUGAACUGACCAUUUCCAUUAUGGAUAUUAAUGAUUCAAGCCCAACAUUUUUGGAUUCACCAUAUUUGGCACAUGUCAUGGAAAAUGUGAUCCCACCAAAUGGUGGCUAUGUGAUUACGGUGAAAGCAUACGAUGCCGAUACACCACCGUUCAAUUCACAAGUGCGAUACUUUUUGAAAGAAGGUGAUGCCGAUCUCUUCCGAAUAAAUGCAUCGACCGGCGAAAUAUCGUUGUUGCGCGCACUCGACCGUGAACUUCAAUCCGAAUACACGCUGACUCUCGUCGCAAUGGAUACUGGUUCGCCACCAUUGACUGGCACCGGAACUGUUAAAGUAAUCGUUGAAGACAUGAAUGAUCAGGCUCCUGUUUUCACUCGUCAAAGUUAUCAUGCAACGAUAAAAGAGAAUCUAUCAAUUGGCACAAAAGUAUUGCAGCCCCAAGCGACUGACAGAGAUGCUGGUUUGAAUGCAAAAAUCCGUUUCAGUUUGUUGGGCGAGAAUGUUGGAAGUUUUCGUAUUGAUUCCGACACCGGUGAAAUAACGACCGCCUCAAUUUUGGAUCGUGAAACCGUCAGUGUGUAUUACAUGACAUUGAUGGCACAAGACAGUUCACCGACCGAACCAAAAGCAACAGCUGUAAAUCUAACCAUCGUUGUUACGGAUGAAAAUGAUAAUAGUCCAACAUUUAAGCAAAGCUCAUUCAACGUCAAUGUGCCCGAUCUGAUUGAAGCGGGCCAAUUUGUGUUUGGUGCGCAUGCCAUCGAUAUCGAUGAAGGCAGGAAUAGUCGCAUAUUGUAUUCAAUCAGUGGAAAAGAUGCGGCUAAAUUUACCGUUGACAAUAACACCGGUGUAAUCAGAACGAUUGACGAUCUCUCAGAUGGACAUGGUAUCGAUAAAGUGUACAGUUUAAUCGUUUGGGCCAGUGAUCAAGGCGAGAAUAGUAAAACAACGAGUGCUGAAUUAACCAUUCUUCUACGACCAGCACAUUUGUUUCCGACAUUUUCGUAUUUGGCACAAGCACAGUUCACAUUACCCGAAGACAUUGCCGAAGGAAGAAUUAUCACAAAAAUCCAAGCAACAUCUCCAAAGAAAGGAUCGAAUGGAGCAAUCAAAUAUGCUAUCGCCGGCGGUAAUGUGUACGAUGCGCUGAAAAUUGAUGCAAAUUCCGGUGAAGUUGCAAUUGAUAAAGCCGGAUUGGACUAUGAAAAAUCACAAAUUUACGAAGUUUGGAUCGAAGCAGCUGACAACGAUCGACCAAGUCUUCGAAGCGUUGUGAAAUUAGUUUUGAACGUUACCGACACAAACGACAACUCACCGGUUAUGGAUCAAUUGAUUUAUCAUGACGAAGUGCUGGAAGAGGAAAGUCCACCAGUUCUAGUGUGCAAAGUAUUGGCGAAUGACGCGGAUUCAGGAGAGAAUGGUGUCAUCACAUAUCGACUUUUGACCGACUUUGACGGUUCCUUCGAAAUUGAUUCAGAUUCCGGCGAAAUUUUCACAACAAUGAAAUUGGAUCGUGAAAACAUUGCAAACUACGAGAUUCUCGUUCAAGCCAUCGAUCAAGGUGUGCCACAACGAAGCGGAACGGCCACUGUUUUGGUGUCCGUUUUGGAUAAAAAUGAUAAUCCACCACGUUUUUCGCGUUUAUUCAGCGUGAAUGUUACGGAAAAUGCUGAAAUUGGCACAUUUGUCAUCAAAGUUACAUCGUCGGAUUUGGAUAGUGGUGAAAAUGCAAACGCAACUUAUAGUUUCACCGAGAAUCCGGGCAAUAAAUUCUCGAUUGAUCCAAUUUCGGGUAAUGUUACUGUCACCGAACACCUCGAUCGUGAGCAACAAGACGAAUAUGUACUGAAAGUGGCCGCUUUUGAUGGUGCUUGGCGAGCUGAAACCGCACUGACCAUCACAAUUCAAGAUCAAAACGACAAUGCUCCAGAGUUUGAGCACAGUUCGUACAGUUUCAACUUCCUUGAAUUACAGCCAAGUGGUCGGCUUGUUGGUCAAGUGAUUGCAACGGAUCCCGAUAAGCAAGGACCAAAUUCGAUUAUAUCCUACUCAUUCCAACAGCCAUCGGAUAUAUUCAGCAUUGAUCCGGCUUCUGGUGAACUCUAUAGCAAACGAACUCUUCACUAUCGUCAUUCGCAUAUGGUUUUGUCACCGGAAAAUAUGUAUUCGCUGACUGUUCUUGCCAUCGACAAUGGAAAACCACCAAUGUACUCCGAAUGUUUGGUUAACAUCAAUGUUGUCGAUUCAAAUAAUAACGCACCGAAAUUCGAGCAGAACAAAUACCUAUCACCAGCACCAAGUGACGCUGAAAUUGGACAGAAGGUCGUGCAAGUUAUUGCAAAAGAUGAGUUUGACUUUGGAAUCAAUGCGGAAAUUGAUUAUAUCAUUGUUAGUGGAAAUGGAGCUGGUAACUUUACGAUUGACAAGACCAACGGAUGGAUUUCAGUUGCAGGACGUUUAGCUAAUGAACCAGGAAAGAAAUACAAAUUGAUUGUUCGUGCUGUUGACCGUGGCGUACCGGCACAACAGGAUGAAACUGAAGUUACAAUCGUUAUCACCGGAGAGAAUCGUUACAGUCCCGUCUUCACAACAUUAAGCUAUCAAGUGAUUGUUCCGGAAAAUGAACCAAUUGGAUCGGCCAUAUUAACCAUAAAUGCAACAGAUAAUGAUGAAGGUCCAAAUGGAAUGGUUCGUUACAGCAUUUCCGGUGGAAAUGAACGCAAAGAAUUCGCCGUGGAUUCCAUCACUGGUACAAUUACAAUUAGAGAAUCAUUGGACUACGAUGUGAUUCAAGAGUAUCAUUUGAAUAUUACGGCUCAGGAUUUGGGUUUCAAACCGAAAGAAGCUGUUGCAAUGUUGACGGUAACGCUAACCGAUAUCAAUGAUCAUCCACCAGUUUUCAAUCAAAGUGAAUAUCAUGCUUAUCUGGCGGAAAAUUCCCCAAUCAACAGUUUGAUCUUCAAAGCUACGGCCACCGAUAAGGAUUCACCGCGAAAUGCCAUCAUUCGUUAUUCAAUCAUUAACGGCAUGAAUUCGCAAUUGUUCAACAUUUCACCAACGACUGGUGAAAUUACGUCACGCGUCAGCUUCGAUUUUGAAGAAGAAAAUGAAUUUCAACUCACCAUCAAGGCCACCAAUCCAGAUUCGCCGAUGUCAAGCACAGCUAUUGUCAUUGUUCACAUAACUGGUGUCAAUGAAUUUUAUCCGACAUUCUUGCAACCCGUGUUCCACUUCGAUGUUUCCGAAUCGGCCGAGAUUGGAACGAAUGUUGGCAUCAUUCAAGCCACCGACAAGGAUGCCGGCGAUGACGGAAAAGUGUACUAUUUGCUGGUUGGUUCGAGCAACGACAAAGGAUUUAGCAUUCACUGUGAUACGGGCGUUAUUCGCGUUGCACGGAAUUUGGAUCGUGAGACACAAAGCCGUGUAGUUUUAACGGUUAUGGCCAAGAACUUCGGAGGCAUUCAUGGAAAUGACACCGAUGAAGCUCAAGUUAUCAUUUCGAUUCAAGAUGGAAAUGAUCCACCGGAAUUCUUACAACACAAAUACGAAGCUAGUGUGCAGGAAGACGCUUCGUUGGGCACCAAAAUCAUUGCUGUUAAAGCUGUUGAUAAGGAUGUACGCGCACAGAAUAACCAAUUUAGCUACUCCAUUAUUGGUGGAAAUACAAAUCAAUCGUUUAAGGUGGAUCCACAAACUGGAUUCAUUGAAACGGCCCGAAUAUUGGAUCGAGAGACAAUUUCCGAGUACAGUGUUUUAAUUGGAGCUAUUGAUACUGGGCUGCCACCACAAACUGGAACGGCCACCGUUUUGAUUUCAGUUUUAGAUGUUAACGACAAUGGCCCAAUCUUUGAUGCUGAAGAUAAAAUUGGUUAUAUUUCCGAAAAUGAGCCAAUCGGUUCAACUGUCAUGACUCUCUCGGCAAAGGAUCCGGAUUUACCACCAAAUGGAGCGCCAUUCUCGUACUAUCUCGUUGGCGGUCGUCAUAAAUCGUUUGUGUCUAUCGAUAAAUCUACCGGAGUGAUGCGAACGACUCGUAUUAUCGAUCGUGAAUCAACGCCACAACUCGAUGUCACCGUUGAGGUUGAAGACAGUGGAAGACCGAAAAUGCGUUCACAACAUCAAAUCACCGUAAAUAUCAUUGAUCAAAAUGAUAUGCCAUCAACGUCACGCAAUGCACGAAUCCUUGUCUACGCGUUCAAUCAUCAAAUUCCAAUUGGUAAAGUUGCCGAUGUAAAACCCAAUGACUUGGAUACAACCGGUGACUACAACUGUAAAAUACUGAAAGAACGUAACAAUCCAAAUGGAUUGAGUAUACCAAGCGAAUGUGAAUUGCACACAACAACGACCACAUCGAUUCGUAGCUAUUCAUAUUCAAUAUCCGGCAAUGAUGGCACUCAUACUGAUGUGAUUUCAUCUUUCGACGUCGAAUUUGCUUUCUUCGAUAACCAAACGGUGGAAAAUUCCAUCACAAUCCACGUGAAGAAUAUGAGCGCUGAGACUUUCCUGUAUUCGUUCUAUCAAAACUUUUUGGACCUUGUGAAAUCAUCGCUUGAUUCAGGAGACGAUGUCAUUUUGUACAGUUUGCGCAAUCGAAAUGAGAGCUUAGACUUGACGAUGGCUGUUAAGAAUGUGGCAACCGGAUACCAAGUGCCAACUUACAUCACGGAGAAAUUGAUUAAAAAAUAUGAUGCUUUGAAACAAUUGCUUCAAGUUCAGAAUAUUGUGAUUGGUUUCUCGCCGUGCAACGAUCAUGCUUGUGAUAACGGAGGCAUUUGCAGCGAACAAAUCCAAGUUUACAAAGAAAUCGAAACGGUUGAUAGUCAAAAUUUGAUAUUCACAUCGCCUUUGGUCAAUCAUGACUUUACGUGCAAAUGCUCCGACAGUUACACCGGUCAAAAGUGUGAUAAGCGUCAAGAUCCAUGCUCACCAAAUCCAUGCGAAUUGGGUGCCCAUUGCAGACGACAAGGCUAUGACUUCCAGUGCAUUUGCCCGCUACACCGUGAAGGCAAACGAUGCCAUUUGGAUAAGGGUGAUGUGUGCAGUAACAGUCCAUGUAAAAACGGUGGUUCAUGUCGCGAAAGCCCUGAUGGAUCGUCAUUCUUCUGCUUGUGUCGACCCGGAUAUCGUGGAAAUCAAUGCGAAACCGUAUCCGAUUCGUGCCGACCAAACCCAUGCUUGUAUGGUGGUCAGUGUAUCAGUUUGAAACCUGGGUACAAAUGCAGUUGUCCCGAUGGCCGUUACGGACGACACUGUGAACGUGCCACAUUUGGAUUCCAAGAAUUGUCGUACAUGUCAUUCCCAUCACUGGAUGCGGCAACGAAUGAUAUUUCAAUCAUUUUCGCGACGACAAAACCAAACGCAUUGCUCAUGUACAAUUAUGGCGUGCAAAGCGGAGGACGAUCUGAUUUCAUUGCAAUGGAAUUGGUGCAAGGAAAGGCCAUAUUUUCAUUUGGUGGAUCGCUAACGGCUAUUACGUCAGUGGUGACGAGCAACGUAGAAGGAAAUAUUGCAAACGGCCAAUGGCACAAAGUUACAGCAACGAGAAAUGGACGUGUUAUGUCAUUGAGUGUGGCGAAGUGCACCGAUUAUGGCGAUUCCUGUGAUGAAUGCCGCCCGGGUGAUGCGUCAUGCUACUCCGAUGAUAUCGGUUUGACUGGAACGCUAAACUUCAACAAGCACCCACUCUAUAUUGGCGGCUUAUCGUCAGCUGAUCCAGUACUGGAACGACCUGGCCAAAUCCAUUCCGAUGACUUUGUCGGUUGUAUGCACAGCGUUUCGAUCAAUGGCCGUGCACUGAACCUAAGCAGUCCAAUCAAAUCGAAAGGAAUUCUACCAACUUGCAACCGAAAAUCCGGCUCAUGUACACAAACUUUGCCACAAAAUCCAACGUUAACACGAUGUGGUUCAUUCUCUGACUGUUCCGAUCGUUUCCAUUACUCAAUGUGUCGAUGUGGUGGCAAUCUAUUGUCGCCCGACUGUUACAAUUCACUUGACGCAAUUUCGCUUGGUGAUGGUGGUUUCGUCGAAUUCCUAAUAUCCGAAAAGCAUCGUCGUAUGCAAUUGCUGGAGAAUUUCUACUUCGGAAUGAAUGCAUGGUCAACAAACUUUGGAAAACGCAAUAAACGAUCACAAAUUUCAAACAACGCCACAUUUGCCACAUCCGAUGGAUUUGAUGUGCCAAAAUCGAUGAGUAUGCGGUUCCGAACACUUCGACCCAAUGGCUUGAUUUUCUAUACGGCAACUAACAAACAUUACACCUCGCUUGAACUGAGAAACGGUAAAAUUGUGUACCAAUCAAAUCAAUCGUAUGCGGUGAAUAUGACGAUAAACGGCUUGGAAAGUUUGUCCGAUGGCAAAUGGCACAAUGUUACAUUGUAUUCAUACAAUCGAGCGUUGGCCAUUUAUGUGGAUGGCAAACGAGUCGGCGAUGAAUUGGAUGCACCAAAUGUACACGAUUUCCUUGAUCCAUAUUUGACAACACUUUCAAUCGGUAGUGCAAGACGUGAAUUGUUUGGCAAAGACAAUAUGCCACCAGGUUUCGAAGGAUGUUUUGCCAAUUUCACCAUCAACAAUGAAAUUCAACCGUUCAACGGAUCGGGCAGUAUUUUCAAGGAGAUCCUUUCACACGGCCGAGUUUAUCAAGGUUGUCAUAGUAUCGCUGGAAUUGGAGCCGCUCAAACAACCGAUCCAUUGAGCAUUGGAAUUACACUGGUGAUCAUUUUCUUCGUAAUUCUGCUUGUCGCUAUUUUCGCGUCGUUCGUCGUAUUUCGGUGGCGGAAGCAAUACAAAGAGAAAUCGGGUGGCCCUGGUUCAAUUCAGAACAAACAUUCAGCUGGAUCGACGCUGUUGGCUGGCAGUGGUAUGGGAUCAUCGACAAAUGAUUGUGUCAUCAGUCGUGGAUUGCAUUCACCCGAUGCGUCUGUUGGUUUUCACGGAGAAAAUGCCGACAUCAUUCGACCGCACCAUAUUGUCGGCCCAGAGUUGAUAUCGAAAAAGUAUAAAGAACGCGAUAUCACGAAUGAACAUCAACGACCCCAGCGACCAGAUAUAAUCGAACGAGAGGUGGUUAGCAAAAGUCCACCGUUACGAGAUGAACACUCGAUUCCAAUGCCCAAUCAACAUCAUGCUCACGACCAUCCUGGAGGUGUUGAUUUGAGUGAAAGUGGCUUCCCAGAGCAUUACGAUUUGGAAAAUGCCAGUUCGAUUGCACCAUCCGACAUUGACGUUGUUUACCAUUACAAAGGCUAUCGCGAAGCGGGCGGUGUACGAAAAUACAAAGCAACACCACCGCCAGUUUCAUCGUACACCCAUCACAAACACACUCCAAGCGCACCACAGCAACAGCAUCGGCAUUCGCCACAUCAUGCGAGCCCAUUUCCUCGCAUUCCACCACAAACUAGUCAGACACAAUCAACAAAUGGCAUUCGCCAGCAUCAAAGCACACCGUUAGCUCGUCUAUCGCCCAGCUCUGAGCUCAGUUCACAACGACCGCGCAUUCUUACACUGCACGAUAUAUCCGGCAAACCGCUCCAGAGUGCAUUGCUCGCAACGACCUCGAGUUCGGGCGGUGUUGGCAAAGAUGCGUUGCACAGUAACAGCGAACGUAGUUUAAAUAGCCCGGUGAUGUCACAGUUAUCCGGUCAAAGUUCAAGUGCGAGCCGAACAAAACCGGUACCACCGCAACCAAAGAUGAAAGCCAUUAGCCCGCCAAUGGGACUGACAGCUGAGGAAAUUCAACGGUUAAAUGUUCGACCACGAACUUCAAGCCUAGUGUCAACGUUGAGCAGUGAAGUACCACGAGCGGGUGGUUCACAUCAUUUAAGUCAUUUGCACUCAAAUGUUGAUGCACAAAGCUCAACAUCGACUGAUGAGAGUGAUGCCAAUGACAGUUUUACUUGCUCCGAAAUUGAAUACGAUGAUCUAAACAGACACAUGAUCGAUCCGAAUCGAGAAAUCCUAGAUUCAGAUCGACAAAUCAUCGAUUCGGAUCGAGAGAAUGAACGAGCUGAUAUGGCAAAUAAACCACCACCAUUGCCACCUCCAUCGUAUGACGGCUUUGACUCAUCAUUUCGUGGAUCGCUCAGCACUUUGGUCGCUUCGGAUGACGAACUCUCAAAUCACAUUAGCAAUAUGUACCGGCCACAGAAUGCCGCAUCACCUUCAACACUCGGAUGGGACUAUCUGCUGAAUUGGGGUUUGAAUUUCGAGAAAUUAAUGGGCGUUUUCAAUGACAUUGCCGAAUUACCUGAUUCAGUAAAUGGAAAUGUAUUGCCACCAAUACGGCAUAUGCCAAACAACGUACAAAAUCCACCAGAGGAAUAUGUAUAAAAAUGUAGGAGUAGAUGAAGGAGAUUUGUAAAAAAAAAUGGAAUGAAUUUCAAUAUAUAAACACUUGCAAAUAUACGAUUUUUGAAUCGAAAUUAUUGGAGAUGAAGCGACACCUUGUAUCAAGCUGUUGUUAGCUUCGUUUGAUUAAGAAUGAAAGAAAAUAAUCAACGAAUUUGACGAAACUAUUUCGUAGUAUAAACAAAAAAAAAAAAUUCAAAAUUGUCUUACGAAACGAACAAACAAUAAAUUGUGUCGAUAAUAAUUAAAAAUUGUGCUAUAUUUUCGAUCAAAAGAAAAAUCCUAAUUAUGUUGCCGAAUGUUAAUAAUAGCCCUAAACGAAAUUAGCCGCUAACAUUUAUUUACAUAGAAUUAAAAUGAGAUAAAGGUGAUGAAAGAAAAACAUAAGAAGAGAAUUGAUCGAUGUAAAGCGUCUUGCCAUAUGGUUUUAUACGUUUUAAGCAUAGGACAACAAAAAAUUGACGGAAACGAGUGUUUCUGUCCCAGAAAUAAUUUCAACCACUAAUUUUACGUAGGUCAAAACAAAACAAAACAAAACAUGACAUUAAUUCUUAGCAUUCUUGACUAUUAAUGAAGACUGUAUUUUUACCCAAUGUAAAUAAAACUCAUUAGUGCAAGGAUAUCGUUUUUUUAAAUAUAGAUAGUUCAAACUAGCUUAAAAGUCAGUUAGUUUCUCACUGUCAAUCAAUUUUGAAAUUUAACUGCAAAUAAAUUCCAAAACAUUCAAAUGUUAUGUGAGACAUAUUGGUUGGAGUGCGUUUCUUUUAAUUUAAAAUUUUGUAAAUUUUAGAUGUAAAACUACCCGAAAUUUUAAAGAAAAAUAAAUUAAUAAAAAAAACAGUUCAAAAUGCACAAUAAAA